AUAUGUGUACAUUUAACGAAAUGAAGUUGUCACUCUUUUUGUCAUAAUUUUUUACAUUUUGUUAAUCGAAGUUUUUAAGUAAAUAUUGUCAUUUGAGUCUAGAAUUUAAAAAAAUGAAGACUGUUCACAAGAAAUACUUACCAUUGAAAGGAAAGAUUAUAUAUUUUGAUUUGAGAUCUGUGCAGCAGAAAAAGCAAUUGAGUGAAUUGUUUCAACAUCUAGGAGGGAUAGAGGAAGAGUUUUUAGUCAAAGAGAUCAAUUAUGUGGUAACUGACAGAAAACAGAAAAUCACAGGCAACAGUAGUCAAGAAGAUCAGUCUCCUGUAGCUUCAAUAUCAAGUCCAUUUGGUACAACUUCUGCUGGUCUGCCAGGAAGUGUUUCAUCUCCUCUAAUGAUUGACUUUUCAGUACCACAGAACAAGCGGGCACAACCAGUUUUGUCUCGAGGGAAAGCCCUUGUUGAUCGAGCCAACAAAACCAUAAAAGGAACCACUGAUGUGUUCGAGUUUUGUAACCAGUGGAGAAUUAAAGUUGUCCACCUUAGCAGUGUGUUAAUAUGGUUGGAUAAGCUGAAGAAAAAACAGCUGCUUAAUGUACAUGAUCAACAAAAGCAGAAUGAAAAGAACGAAUACCCUAAAAACAGUAUUGAACUUACGAGGCUGCAGGAUAUAUUUAUAAAAAUAGAAGAUAUCAAACACUAUUACCGAACACUGUAUAAACUUCUUGGACAGUGGCCUGAAAUGGAUUUCACCACAUCGAAAGGAUCUUGUCCAUUCUCAACUUUAAAACCAAAUGUGUGUAGAGACCACAUGACAGGUGGUUUUGUAGCUGAACAACAAGAUAUUACAACAACAAGCAGUACUCCUCAUCUCACUACUAGAAGCCACAGAGAGGUAUUACUUAACAUAGAAAAUGAUCAGACUUUGAAAGAGGCUCUUGCUGAUUUACCAUCAGUUGACCAGUUUCUGGAUGAAGAUUUUCAACUAAAAACGUUGGCUAACUCAUCUUGUUUAUCUGAUGAGUCUUCCUAUGACUUGAGCAAUUCACAUCUUGCCAGAACUAAGCAGAAACAUUCACAAACUAUUGCAGUUUCAGUCAAACAGAAUCAAACAUUCCAAAACACCAGUUUAACAGAAGUAAGUGGAAGUAAAGCUGUGAAAAAAACUUGGCAGAACGAGAACAGGAAAAGUCUACAAACAGGAAACAUUUUGGCCGAAACGAACGUGACCAGUUGCUUCCGAAGACGAUUGACAUACAAAUGUAGUAGUACCUCCGUUUCUUCUAUGGUCCAGAGUCAGAAGAAACGGAAACUAUCGAGCAAAGGAGAUGGAAACUACGUGGAACAUUCUCAAAUAAGUAAACACGCGCAUAGUGAAGGAAAAGAAAACUUGAUGGAAAAAGAAACAGUGUGUGAUAGUUAUAAAAUGUCUGACCAGUACACAACUUGCUAUCUUAAUGAAUUAUAUGAAAGAGAUUCUGCUGACCCUCUAAACCUCUCAAAAAAUGUCGGAAACAGCUCAUCAGUUAUUUCAUUAGUUAGUGGAAAUUAUCACGCUAAGCCUUACGUCUAUGAAUGGGACGUUCCAUUAGUUAGUGAACAUUAUCACGCUAAGCCUUACGUCCAUGAAUGGGAUGUUACCACAGAGAAGUGUCCUCUCUGUGCUUCGUGCAUAUACUUUCAACAUUCUCAUUACCAAGAGGAUCAGCCAUUGGACCUGAGGACCUCAUGUCGUGGUGAUACUGUUCCUUUAGACUUAUCAAUGAAUAGUAAGAAUGCAAGUGAAAUUUUUAAUUCAUCUGCAAGCAAUAUAAACCAAAAAGAAUGUAGUAAUGUCAUUUCUGAUGAUGAACCUAAACAAGAAACUAAAAAAGAUUAUUCAAAUCACACUAAAAUGCAAACAGUAUGAUUACACGGAAGAAGAAGAAUAGCCUUUUUUAUCUAAAAAUUAACAGCUCGUGUCCCAUUAAAAACAAAUUAUUUUAUUUGUUUGAAAAACGAACCACAUAAGCCUAAUAAACUGAAUAGUCUAGCUUUGUUGGAAGCUCAUCAGGGUUUGUUAUCAACAGCUCUGUCCCCUGGUGGGACAGUGGUAAGUCUUUGAAUUUACAAUGCUAAAAUCAGGGGUUCGAUUCGC